UUACAGCGGAAGACUAACAAAGACAGAAUGACUCUACGACUGGAAUUCAUCAUUAUUUUCAUGCUUCAGUCUGGAGGAAUCAGUGGACAAAUUAUAGACCUCUACAAAAGAGUUGGAGAAGAAGCUCUUUUACAUUGUAAUGUUGACGCAUCUUCUGACCAAUGCUCUGAUGUUACCUGGUACAACAGUUAUGUAAACGCUACAGGACUAACCAAUGAAGGACAAUCUUCAACUAAAAACAUGAGCGUGAGAGAAAUUAAACAGUCUUUAGUUGGAGCUUCCAGACUGAGUGUGAACAGUGACUGUUCUCUGUUCAUCAGAAACAUCACUGAUGAGGAUGCUGGUUUUUACACCUGUAGGGUCGGGAACUCGGGUAAAGUAGAGACCAUCGUAUUUCUUCAUGUUUUGAGCAUUUCUUCAUCAUCAGAUAUUCAUGGAGGAGUUCAGCUAACAUGCUCAAUGAAGACUUAUUAUGAACAAGAUCUCUGUGAGAAGAACAGCAUCAUCUGGCUGGACCAUAAAGGAUCUGAGCUGACUGAUAAAAAUGCUGAAUUUAAGGUUACUAGACAGAAAAACUGUGUUUCUGUUCUGACUGUGAAACAUCCGAGUGGAAACAACAAAAGAUUCACCUGCAAGUUUGUUAAGGAAAACAAAGUGAAGAUAGAUGCCGUCUAUGUUCUAGACAUUUCAGAAUCUUCCAGCAGCAGCACAGUCAUCAUGGUUGGAGCUGUAGUCGGCGUGGUGUUGGUGCUGCUGGUCGUCUUCACGGUUCUUCUCUUUAGAAGCAGAAGAGCUAAAGCCGCCAAGGAUCGGAAAAGAGGAACAAACUUUCAAAAGCCAACACAUCAAAAUAGUGACCCGACGUAUGCUGCAGUUAACCAUUCCAGAUCAAAGACUUCCUCUCAGAUCACAAUGAAAAAGGAAGGAGGGGAAGUGAUCUAUUCGUCCAUUAAAGUAAAGUGACAGAUGGACCAGUACUGGACGUCCGAGUCUCCACAGCUUUUCUUUCUAGCUGCUCAUAAGGAUGAUGACAUCACAUCUGUGUAGUUUCCUUUUACUUUGUUUAAAACAAGACAGAUCCAAAAACCUCAAAAUUAGCAUAUAUAAAUAGUUUAUUUUGCAAACUUUAUUUUUUUCUUUUUCUAGCUUAAUUUUGUCCCCUUUCAUGUUGGUAUUUCAGUUUUCUUAUAUCAAAGCAUUCAAUGAAAAAUUAGUUCUUGAAGAAGUUUUUUUUUUCAACUAAUGAUCAUGAGAUCUUUAGCCUUGAGUUUAACUUUUGCUUUAAUAAAAACAUGUUUUCUAACACAUACAUUAAAAAAAAUGUUAUUUUCUGUGACCCUCUGUCUCAUAAACCUUAUUCUUUCAGUUUGAAUUAAGUGAUUUACAUAUUUAAGGAACUAUAAAAAAAACGUAAGCAGCAGAGAAUAACAAAUUGCAUCCACUAUAGCAUUAUUAAAUGUAGCUUAAAAAAAA